CACCAACAGAACCUAAAUAAGAAGAAAGACGACGAGCGAGGAAGACACCGAAGAAGAAGCAAUAACAAAACAAACCCAGCAGCUGUAAGAUUAGUUCAACUGUAAGUAACCAAGGAUGGUGCAGCUUGGCUGUCGGUGCAUGGGAACUCGACUGAGUGUGCUUAUACUGGUUUUCUGCAGCAUACUGCUCCCCUUGCCCACAGAUGCCGAUAUAUAUGCUCAUUAUAGCAAUAUUACCAAUAUAUUUGAGGACCGCAUUGCUUUGUUUGGAUCUGCACUUCCAAAGGAUGGAAUAAUGGGAGUUUUGGUUGCCUCUCAUCCAGCUAAUGCUUGCACAACAAUAGACCCUCCCCCACCACUGCCCCCAUCUUUUAAUGCCACAACUACCAAAUUUGUUGUUCUCAUCAAACGUUAUGACUGCAACUUUGAUAUAAAGGUUUUAAAUGCACAGCAAGCUGGAUACGAUGCCGCAAUCGUUCACAACAUUUAUUCAGAAAUUCUGCUCAAUAUGAACUACAGCAAUGAAACUAUUGCAGAGCAGAUUAAUAUUCCCUCUGUAUUCACCAGCUACUAUGCCUCGCACAUUCUUAGGAAUUACAUAAUUCCAGAACAGGGGGCGUAUGUGAUUCUCAAGCCAGAGUUUCCUUUUCCGCUUUCCUACUACCUUAUUCCCUUCACCGGAGUAGUGUGCAUGAUCAUUCUUGUCAUGUCUGCUAUUUUCAUUAUACGAUGUGUACAAUACAGAAAAAGGCUGAGGAAAAAUCGUUUGUCCAAGGAACAGCUGAAACGCAUUCCAAUACACAAGUUCAGUAAAGGGGAUGACUAUGAUGUGUGUGCAAUAUGUCUGGAUGAGUAUGAAGAAGGGGACAAGUUGCGCGUUUUGCCUUGUUCACAUGCCUAUCACUGCAAAUGUGUAGACCCGUGGCUCACACAGACCAAGAAGACGUGUCCAGUGUGCAAACAGCGCGUUACCCGCAACAACCCUGAGCAGUCCGAGUCUGAGUCUGAGACAGAAACUGGAGGACGUGGAGAGGAAGAAGGACCAGAGGGUGACGCAGACUCGGAGCGCACUCCUCUGCUUCGACCCUCCAACCCGGGGUCACCCACAGGAAGCCCAGGGGCCUACUCAGCCACCACCACCACAACUACCGCCCAGUGCCUCACCUCCCCUGCACACUGCAACUCACCAAUCCUAGGUUAUGAAGGCUACUACUCACCGGUGGAGGACACAGACUCAGAAAGUGAUGACACAGGAGAGGGCAGGCACCACUCUGAUGAUGACACAGCUCAGCUCAUUGGUAGGGACUGAGAGGAGAUCUGAUGGCCAGAAAUUAGCUACAAUGAGAUUAUUUAGUUUGACCAGAAGGACAAAAAAGUUUCUAUCCUCAUACGUAUUGUUAUUGAGAAAAAAAAAUUAAUUGUUUUCGGAUUUGUGGCUAGCUUGACAGUUAGUUCACUGAUUUAGUGCUGAUUGUUAAAAAUCUGUCACCCAAUAACCAGUGGAGUUCUUCCAAGUGUCAUAACAAAUGCAGAACCUGCGGUUGGUCAGUUUUACCAAGUGCAAUGUUGAGUAUAAACCACUGAAAUCCACACAUUUACUGUAGUCCAUUAGCUUUCAAGCAUGAUGUCCGCUGUAACUGGAUCACUAGUGCAGUACAAAAUGUCCAGAUCACUUACCAAUCCCUUGAGUUGCUGACAGUGUAGAGUGAAAUGUCCGUAGAUGAAGUCUUCGUGGCCAAAGUUGUGCAAAAAUGGGAUGGGAUCUUACCUUGUGCAAGGUUCUGUUUAGGAUUAGUAGAGUAUGAAGGAUUUAUGUUGUCUUAAAAUUAAUAAUUCCUAUCUUUAUUUUUUUCUAACAAGGAUAAUGGGGUAAUAUUGGUCUUCUUUUUAUAUUAUAAUACCCCUAGUUCUGUUUUCACACAUUUUAACUCUGCAUCCAAGUUUUCUGAAAUAUGAGAAGUUAAUAGUGAAUUAAGUCACAGUAAAAUAUAGGAGAUAUGUAACGUUACUGCUGCUUUUACAUUGUUAAUACUCUGCGGUUGAGGGCAGUUUAAGGAAACUAUUUUUUAGCUUUAUACAGUUUGUUGAUCAAACUCAGGUUUACACUCCAAUAAAUUGUCGGUGGCGAUAAGAAUAAGGUAAUGGGGUUGUGGUCUUGUAAAGUGUUUUAGCGUUUUUCCUCGAAUCUGUUUAAAUGUAUGUAAUUAUGUUUUUUCUUCUUUCAUUUUUUUUUGUUUUUAUUUUUUAUACAACAAAAUAAAAAAAUAAAAAAUUGUAGAACAAUAAUGUGAGAAACUGGGACACAGGUGGUGGUUUUAGGAAAAGCAGAGCAUUGCCUUAUACUGGCCUUCAUCGACAUGUCUGUGUUAAAUGUCUGGAAAUUGAACAAAAUUGAUUGAUUGAUUGAUUCUCCACCCACACUGCUCUUAUCGAGCUGUCUUUAAGACUGCUGUUUGGAAAGCUUGCAUUUUAUUCAUCAGUGUGAACAUCCAUCGGUGGGUUUUUUAUUUUUUUUUUAUUUUUAAUAAUUAAAAAUAAAAUGCUUUCCACAUGUUUGGCUCCUGUAAUGAUAACGUAAGCUCGCAUAGUCAUGCUUGAUUUGCACCUGAAAGCCGAGCAGCUGUGGUUUGAUUUUCCACUUUCUGAGAUGACCUUGGUGAGGUCUUUGCCCUUGAUGUUUUUCAAAGAGACGUACAAACCUUUUAAACCUUUUAAAUCUGUUUCUGAAUGAAUAGGGCUGUCAUAUCAAUACAUUCCUUCAUUAGUGACUAAAAGACUCAACACUUCUAAGGUCUCUUUGGGACUUGUUUGCAAUAGUCUGUAUUGUAAAAUAUAGAAACUCCUCCUUUUUACAAAUUACUUAAACUAUCUUUUGUACUGUACUUUUUUUUUUUUGUUUGUUUGCUCUUUAUGUCUGAGUUUUAGAGACUGUUCACCGAAACACACAGACAUCAUAAUGCCCACUCGUUUUUUCAUUCUUUGUUCUUUGUUUUUUAGACUGUGCCUAGGUUAUCAGACUUAAAUAAUAAAUGUAUAGUGUCAAGUGUAAUUUCCAUGUGUAAAGCAGGAUUGGGAAUCUUUCAGAUGUUGAAACACUAUCCGUGAAAAGCUGCAAUAAAGAUCUUGUUUGUGGAAGGGUUAAUGAUAUUAAAGUAGGACUGUGUUACUGUUCGUUUAAAUGAGAACACUUAAGUAGAUCUUCCUUACAAAUGGUUAUUGACGUGAUAAUUUUAUUAAUAAAGCCACUUGAAAAGUUU